CUGCCCGGCGUAGUGCAAAGUGCAGAACAAACCGAGCAAACAGAGAACGAUAGAAACCCGCAACAGUAAUCCAUCGUUGCGCCAGAAUAUUUGAAUAGAAGCCCACUUGGUGUGAUUUCCGUUACCCGUUCGAUUGGGUGCCGGCGAACAAAAAGGCAAACACCGGGAGAAUGGCGAAACGUGCUGCUGGAUUUCUCAUCUUUCGACGGCUUUGCGAAAGAAUCGAGUAUCUGAUGAUGCAGGCCUCGUACGGCCAACACCACUGGUCACCACCCAAAGGUCACGUCGACCCAGGAGAGGAUGAUUUCACAACGGCACUCCGGGAAACCUCCGAAGAAUCCGGGUACAAAGAAAGUGACCUGAAAGUGUACCGCAACCAGUCGUGUACGCUCGAGUACAAGGUCAAGGGACACGAUAAGGUGGUCGUUUAUUGGCUGGCCGAACUGCGGAAUCCAUCACAGCAGGCACAGCUAUCGGAGGAACAUCAGGAUAUGCGGUGGUUGGAGUGUGAGGAUGCGAUUAAAAUAGCGGGCUACGAUGAUUUCGCCAAAAUGAUCCGGGCCUUUGAUGUGCGCAUCAAACAGAGUGAGCUGGGUGAACCGUAAAAUGGACGAGGCGCUAGCCCGGUUAUCGCCUUAUCCCUCUCACAGCUGUGCCCGCUUCGUUGCUUCGUUGAUUGGAUAAUGAAAAAUAUCGAUUACUUUACUAGUUACUACUCCGCCGCCGUGCUGCAUUGCGCUGCUUCUCAGUGUGAUCAUGUGCCGAAGCAGCAGCAAUGGUGAGUCAGAGACCUGCAACGCGAGCCAAUAAAAACGUCAUCGCGC